AUGGAUUGCUUUUUCAGAAACAUGAGUGAGGAGUCUUUGCCAUUUCAACAAGGCAUUGUUAAAUGCCCCUUCUUGAGGAAUAUCAAUGAGCCAACUAACUUUUCCUUCACUUCACCAAUGACAUUUCCGAUGCCUGCCCCUGGAGGGAAAGGUCCAAUAUUUGAAGAUGGCCCCAAUUUUGAUAUGGCAUUCAGGCUCUUCCAUGGGCAGAAUGGUGUUGUCCCACUUUCUGAAAAAUCCUUCGUUGCAAAAGAAAAACAAGAGUCUCACCCUGCACCAGCUCAGUUCAACCCAUUGGCAGCAAAGGCAGCCACCAUUAGUCUUUCAUCUUUUGGGGGAGGCCCUUUUGGGUUUGACGCAUUCCAUGAGAAGUGGAAAAACCAAAAAAAGAAGUCGGAAUCAUCCAAAAAAGAUUCUUCUUCCAAGGGAGGAAGUAAUAACCACGAAGCUGUCAGCAAUGAGUGGUUACAAACCGGUAAUUGUCCCAUUGCAAAGUCUUAUAGGGCUGUAAGUGGUGUCCUACCCCUAGUAGCCAAGGCCCUUCAACCCCCAGCAGGCAUGAAAAUUAGGUGUCCACCAGCUGUUGUUGCAGCUAGAGCUGCUAUUUCACGAACUGCCUUUGCAACAAAUCUCCGGCCACAGCCUCUGCCUGCGAAAAUCCUUGUCAUUGGAGUUCUGGGAAUGGCUGUUAACAUUCCCCUAGGAAUUUGGAGAGAACAUACAGAAAAGUUCUCUCCAUCAUGGUUCGCAGCUGUGCAUGCAGCUGUUCCAUUUAUAGGCAUGCUUAGAAAAUCUGUGCUGAUGCCAAAGACAGCCAUGGCAUUUACCAUUGCAGCCUCUAUUCUUGGGCAAGUUAUUGGGUCUAGAGCAGAACGAUAUCGGCUGAAGGCUGUUGCAGCUAAACAGUUAAAUCUGGUUGAAUCAUCAGUCAAUGGGACAAAUUGUGGACCUGUUAUCAAAGGUCGCCAUUGUGGUGAUGAUGCUGAUUGGAACAAAGCUCCAAGGACGAUUACUGGACCGUCCUCAUCAGCCGAUGUGCUCUGUUGA